UUAUGCGCGAAAGUUGUUCGAUACAUUGCCUCUAGGAGUCUGUACAAUACCAUGAUAAGAAUGUACAUAAAAAAUGCUUCUCCUUACAAUAGGAUUAAGCUUUUUAGUGACAUGUUAUCUUCAGGGAACUACUCUCCCGACAAUUACACGUUUCCUUCUACUAUCAAAGCAUGUGGUGACAUAUCUUCUUUAGAAUUGGGUACUUCUGUUCAUUGUUUGGCUGUGACAAGUGGUGUGCAUUUGAACCCAUUUGUAGAAAACUGUCUCCUGGCUAUGUACAUGAAUUGUAGUGAUCUUAAGUCAGCCAGACUGGUUUUCAACACAAUGCAGCACCGGUGUCUAGUGUCUUGGAAUACAAUGAUAAGUGCGUACUCCAGAAACGGAUGUCCAAAGUCUGCUUUGUUGGUUUUUAAGCAAAUGAUUGAUAAUGGUAUGAUACCUGAUCAAGCUAGUUUAGCAUCAGUUUUACCUGUUUGUGGAUAUUUGAAAGACUUGAACUUUGGGAGAAGGGUUCAUGCACUAGCGGAAGCAAUAGGUUUAAGGGAUAGAACAGUAGUGCAGAAUGCAUUAAUGGAUAUGUAUGUAAAAUGUGGCAGCAUGAAUGAAGCGGAAUCUGUUUUCAAGAAGAUGGAUGAAAAAGAUGUUAUUUCCUGGACCACAAUGAUCAAUGGGUAUGCUUUAAACAACUAUGAGAAGCGGGCAUUAAUGCUUUGUGCUGAAAUGCAGUUUCACGGUGAAAGGCCAAACUUUAGCACAAUUUCCUUGCUUCUUUCGGUAUGCGCAUCUUUGAACGAUUUAAAACAUGGAAAAUGUUUGCACAGCUGGGUUUUAAGACAUAAACUCGAGUCAGAUAUCUUAAUAGAAACCGCGCUUAUAAACAUGUACUCAAGGUGCAAACGCGUUAACCUGUCCCAAACCGUGUUUAGGAACAUGCCGAGAAAGCGAACAGCUACGUGGAAUUCAAUUAUCUCAGGGUAUAACCAGAACGGACUACAUAGAGAAGCAAUCAUCCUCUUCAAAGAAAUGAUCUCAUUUCCAAUAAAUUACGAUGCUGCAACAUUUUCAAGUCUUCUUCCAGUAUACGCCGCGUUAGCUGAUUUAAAGCCAUCAAUGAACAUCCAUUGUUACCUAACUAAAUCAGGAUUUCUUUCAACAGCAAGUAUAUCAUCCACCUUGAUUGACAUUUACUCUAAAUGUGGAAACUUAGAUUCUGCUCUCAAAGUUUUCGACGAGAUAAACACAAAGGACAAGGAUAUCGUUUGUUGGAGUGUUGUAUUAUCAGGGUGUGGCAAACAUGGGAGAGCAGAUAUUGCACUUUCACUUUUUGACCAAAUGAUUCGAUCAGGAUUGGUACCAAAUGAAGUAACAUUCACCUCAGUCUUGCAUGCUUGCAGCCAUUCUGGUUUGGUGGAUGAUGGUUUACUUUUAUUUAAUGUAAUGCUCAAAUACCAUGAAAGAAAACUACAUGGACAUCAUUUCAAUUGUAUCAUAGAUCUCCUUGGUCGGAAUGGUCGGUUGGAGGAAGCUCAUAAACUGAUUAAGAAGUUUGAGCCUAAUAAUCAUGCCAUAUUGGGUGCAAUCUUGGGUGCCUGUGUGAUUCAUGAGAAUGUUGAACUGGGUGAGCUGACGGCUAAGAGACUAUUUGAGUUAGAACCAGAGAAUACUGGAAAUUAUGUACUUUUGGGAAAGAUUUAUGCUGCAGCUGGAAGGUGGAUUGAUGCUGAGAAUAUAAGACAUAUGAUUGAUCAGAUUGGACUUAGAAAGAAACCUGCCCUAAGUCUGAUAUAAUGUCAAGAAAUCCUUGUUUUAUUAUUAUUAUUGUUGAAAAUUAGGUUAUUUGGGAUUAUUUAAGUAAAAGAUGGUUAAGAGUAUAAAUAUAUAAUACAAAAUAUUUUUGUAUUAAAAAGAAUGGAGAGUUAUUUUA